AUGGGCUUCCAGUAUGAGCUAGAUGGCUCCGUCGAGACACACGACCCAGCCUUGCCUUCAACCACAGCCUGUCCAUAUCUUCCUGGCCAAACAGUCAAUACUUUAAUCGUUCCUGUCGAGCAGGCUCUCCGACAGCGAAGUGCUUCACUUACUUCCAUACAUACUGCCGAUCUAAAAACCAUGAACCCCGAAUCAAAAUACACCACACCUCGACCCGCGCCCUCAGCACCAGUCAACUAUAUUCCUUAUCGGAUUGGCUCAUCUCCCGCACUGCACCACAAGUCCUCUUCUAGGUCAUUAUCACCAGCCCCGGCGGCAUGGAAGCGCUUAUUUGGUCGCAAGACGAAUUCAGAUGGGGAACGUGGCCGAUCUCCAGCUCCCCACGACACACAUGAGGAUGCGGAUUACCGUUGCACAACACCAUCAGAGGGCACUCGCACAAGAGAUAUCUCACCUGAGUCUCUUCGGCGCUUCCUGUCCGAUGACAGCCCCCGUCCUGGAUCCAGCCUAAGUGAGAGGCCAUCAAUCAUGAUUCCUGAUGAUAUCGUGGAGGACAAUGAAAACGACGAUGACGAUAACUUCGCCACUUCUGCAGCCUCUGAUGGCCAGCCUUACGUUACUCAUCUCUCACCGCCCCCUUUCAAGCGAUCUCUCUCAUCCGAAUCUGUCAGAGCCGAUAUGCUUCACUCUAGCUCGCUGCGCCCAAGUUCCGCCAAGUCUUCUAAACAAAGCUGGUUGGAGACCACCAGUGUACCUGCAUCAGCGGUGAUUCCUUCUCGCUCUAGGUUAGAGUCACUUCGGCCACGAAUCAACCCUGCAACAAGCUUCUUUUUGUCGCCGGUCACCCCAAACUUUCCCGAGGACGAAGGAAUCAACUUCUUCGACCUUACUGAUGAUGAGGACGAUGUUGCAUCAAACAACAAUAGCGAGAUCCUUUCAUUUCAGCCAGCACCCGGCAUGCUUUCCACCACCGACUCUUUCGAGUGCUACAGCCUCCCAGAGUCGCAAGGGCACGGCCCCAAGACUGCUGAGUCUCAAUCACCUUACCCGAAGGUGAACUCCCCAUCUCUGCUCCCCCAAGGCGAUUCGGGCUUUGCUGUCGGCGGAAACAACUUCCUUGGUGCUCCCAUUGACACAGGACUCGACGACUUUGCAGCCGAGUUGGGGUGGAUGGCCGAUAUCAUUGGCUCCAAGGUCAACUAG